GCAGUCCAAAUCCUUCAGUUUUGGCGUAAAAUCGCAUCGAAAAAUCCCAAACGCUCAAAUGCAGUGAUCCGAUGGAAAUUUCUCUCUUGGCCGCAUAGGAAAAUCGCCUUGGCACCUUGCGGUGUCUCUCGUCUGCGACUUGCGCUAAUGGGAAGUAGAGAUGUUUGCAAAGUGGUUUAAUCAGGACAAGGGCGACCGCAUGAAGCAGCUGUCGCUGUUUCUCGCAGGUUUCGCCCUCCUGCAGCCCCUGAGGAUCGGAUUGACGGCGGCAAAAUUCGCCGCAAAGCGUUUCGCCCUCCCAGACAAGAGCCUGGACCUCUUCAUCACCAAAAUUCACAACUCGAUGCACCUGGCGAACCUCACCGGAGUCCUGACGAUCAACAUCUACCUCUGGACCCUCGGAGCCCACACUUCGCAGUGCUUCAGGGGGAAGCUCUCGAUUUUCACGAAUCUGCUCUCGACGCUCAUGAACUUUGUGCUCUUCUUUGUCUACGCAAGCGGAGGGGACAGGGGACACGUCACCGCCUACUACUGGAAUCUCGUCCUCUCAGCCUACGCCUACGGACUCAACCAGGCCAUGGCUGUCACUGUGGUAGUGAAGGAUGUGGCGUUCUUCACAGCUGCGAUUCCGCUUGCCGGCGUGCAGGUGUCGAUUUUUCACUAUCUGUUUCUAAAGGCUACCGAAAAGAUACCGGGAUUUGACGUCAACUUUUGGCUGGUUAUUUGGCAGAUUAUCAUCUCUAUCACGCUCUCUGCACUCUCCUCGGUGCUCUGGACCAGCUCGUUUUUGGAUACGGGCGACGAAGUCUUUGUUUACGAGUAUGACGACCAUGAACCCCUCGUUCGGGCCAUCAUUCGGGCCUGGUCGCCUCUCCUCAUGUCCGCACUCGGCAUGGGAAUUGUCUUUGGUUUCUACCCCGCAAUCGCACCUUAUAAACUUGCGCCUCCAGAUACUGCUCACAGGAUCGAUCUGGUUAUUCUCAUUGUCUCUGCAAUGCCAAUGCUGAUCAACUGCGUAAUGUGCGCAAUUGGACUCGGUCCAAACAGACGCUGGACUGGCAAGAGCAAAUACUGGCAUGCCGUAUGGAUUGUUGCUAUUCCAUACCUAACCUGUCCGGUACUCUUUUUGGUAGCAAUGCACAAGCCACAAUCUGCAAUAGGGUACGCAAUUUUAAACAACUCAUACUUUUGUGGAUUUCUCUGCGUGACCAUUGUCACGGGAUACGGCAUAUUCAAGUCCGUUGGUUUCAGCGCCGUUGGACUACAGGGAGGCUACAAGAAUGGCCGAGUUUCCACCUUCAACUCUCUGGUCUCGUUCAUCAUGCUCGUUUCGUGCUCGUUCAUUGGCGGAGGAUACCUCAGAGCUUACAAGUCGUUUGAGGAUGACAGAGAUAAUUGGCCCACAAAAGGCUUUGGAUUCUGGAAGUCAUUUGCCUUUUGGUGGUCCCACGCCCUCACACGUGGCAUCAAGAGCGUAGCCUCAACCUUUACUCUGGAUAUAAGGGCUGAAAUGGAGCAAGUUAAUGUUGUUUUAUUGGUCAAUCAUAUUGAGCCAACCACUAGCGAACUCUCGCCAGCUAGUAACCCAGUCGAGGAUACACUAGUCUCAACAGAUGACCUACUCUUGCCAGCUAAAUGA